GGGAGGGACAGGUUAUCCACGAGGAGGUUUUAGAAAGUGAUUGGGAAAUCAAAGCAGUUAGAAGCUCGAAAGAUAAAGUUGUAAAUACAAGAGGGCGAAUGAUUUUGAAUAUGUGUGACACGUUUGGUUUGACGGUGAUAAAUGGAAGACUUAGAGGUGACUGUAUGGGAGAAUAUACUUUUGUUGGAGCUAUGGGAUCUUCCGUUAUUGAUCUCUGUUUAAUGUCGUUGAAUAUUAGGGCUAGUGCGCGAAUUUAGUGUUGGUAACCAUAUUUUUCCGAUCAUAUGCCUAUUAUUGUACAACUUGAUUUGAAGGUAGAAGAGAGUCAGUCUUUGCGGACGCUUAAGUCAGUACCAAAAUUAAAAUGGGUGAAACAAAAUGAUGAAAAUUAUAAAAAUAGUUUAGAAAUAAGAUGUAGAGAUUUUACUUGGGAAGAGGAUAUUGAGCGAAAGUGGACAGAUAUUUUAAAAAUGAUUUAUGAAGCAGCAGGGAAACAGGCGCAUCAGACAAAAGGGAAUGGGAAAUCUUGUAAACAAAUGUGGUUUGACUGAGACUGUAGGAAGGCUAGGGAUAGAAGUUUUGCUAAUUUAAAAUUAUAUAGAGCCUGUAAUAAUGAAGAAACUAGGAGCAUGUAUCUCAGUGCAAAUAAAUCAUAUAAAUUACUGUGUAAACUGCAAAAGGAGAAUUAUUUCAAAACUCUAGGUGAUAAGUUCAGAGAGAUAAGAGACGCAACUGAAUUUUGGAAACUGAUAAAAACUAUUAAACCUAGUAAACUUAAAUGCUCGGCUGAUAUAACAUCUGAUGAUUGGGUUAACCAUUUUAAAAGAUUACUGUCAUUAGAAGGGGCGGCGGAUGAGUUUUUGUAUGCAGCGCCCCGUUGCGAAAAUCAACUCUUGGAUGCCGAAAUAACGGAUGCCGAAAUAUUGGAAGUGUUAAAAAAAUUGAAAGAGGGUAAAGCACCGGGCAUAGAUGGGAUACCAGGAGAAUUUUUCAAAUAUGCCCCUAGAAGCUUUGUUGCAUUGCUGCGCUGCUUUUUCAAUCAUGCUUUUGAAAAAGGUUUGCAGAUAAAAAGUAAAUAAAAUGUAUGUAUGAUUUAAAAAAUAAAGAAAAAUUGUAUUACUUAAAAGCCAACUCCUGGCAGACGGCUGUGUGGCCAUUGCUGUAAAAAAUGUAUUCUUUUCAAAGAUGAAUUAUGUAAGAAAGUGAAAUAAAGAUUUUUUAAUUUUU